AUGUCUUCAUAUGAUCCAUACAAAGAAGGUGAUCCAUCACUGUCGAGACGAGAUAUGUCUGAGAACAACAACAGCAACGCACAAUCAGAUAACAACAACUUUUCAAUAAACGCGACUAAUCAGAAUGAUACUUUCUUAUCGCGGAUCUUUGGGUUGAAUUCCAUUUAUAAUCAACUACAAGAGAACUACCAAUACUAUGAUCCAGAGUUUGAAAGUACAUAUCAGCAACAACAACAGGUCCGACUGCAGAUUACGAAUGAAGAAGAAGGACCUGUAGGUGGUAGGGAAGAGGAUGAUGAAUCGUUAUUACCGAAACUGCUGCAGAUUCCCAUAAUUGAGAAUAAUGAAGAUAUUUCUAAGAAGAAAGGAGCAGGAAGCUUACUUGAUUCAGAAUCUGAUUCAGAUUUGUCUUCAUCUGAAGAAGGAUCCUAUAUAAGACCAAAUCAAGCUGAUUUGGAACAGGUCAUCCCUCCAAAAGAGAGGGCAUUGUAUCUUUGGGCAAAUAUCACAAAUAUGGAUGAAUUUUUGAGUGAUGUUUAUUAUUAUUAUCGUGGGAAGGGCAUAGUUAAUAUUGUUUUGACUCGAGUUAUAGAUUUAUUAAUCCUUGUUUUCAUUUUGUUCUUUACUGUAUUUGUCAAAUGGGGAGUUAAUUAUGAUUUAUUUAUGGAAAGCAUGGGGAAAGAAGGUAAACAUAUGACAUUGAGUGAUUUGAUAAUACCAGGAUAUUUGAGUCAAGUACCCCUAGUUGUAAAAUUCUUUUUGUUUGGUUUCGGAUUAUAUGUGGUUCUAAGAGUAAUUCAAACUUAUUUCGACUACAAUUAUAAACUCAAAGAAGUUAGGAAUUUUUAUUAUUAUUUGUUGAAUGUCACCGAUGAAGAAUUGAUGACUAUUAGUUGGAAAACUAUAGUGGAAAAAUUAAUGUUAUUGAAGGAUUAUAAUACACUUACAUCAACUCAAGUAGUAGAGAACCACGAUAUCAAUGACCUUUCAUCCAAAGUACGUCUAAAUGCCCAUGACAUAGCCAAUAGAAUAAUGAGACGAGAAAACUAUAUGAUAGCAUUGAUAAACAAAGAUUUAUUUGAUCUUAAUUUAUUCAACCUUCCCUUCAUAAACUCACAAUCAGUACUCACUCGUACCCUUGAAUGGAACUUGAAAUUAUGCAUUGAUAACUUCAUCUACACGCCACAGGGACAAAUAAAUCCUCAGAUCCUAAAGGAUUACAAUAGAAAUCAAAUGGCUCCUCUUGAAUGGAGGUCUAAACUCCAAUUAUCCAUCGGUCCAGCCAAUACCUACAUCAACCAAUUCCCACGAGGGUUUCUUGCUAUCAAUAUCCUGAAAUUGAUCAAUUUUGUCGCAGGGGCGAUUAUGGCCAUAUUAGUGAUUAUGGGAGUUUGGUUUGAGGAUGAACUGCAUUCAUUUUGGUCAUUUGAGAUUACUGAAGGAAGAUCAACCUUGUUUUAUAUAAGUAUUUUCGGGACAAUUUGGGCCAUAACCUCAAGUCUGACACCUAAUGUCAAUAAUGAAUCGGGUCAUUCGUUUGUAUAUGACCCCGAGGCUAGUUUGAGAUAUGUUUCUCAAUUUACGCAUUAUUUGCCAAGUAGGUGGAACAAGAAAUUGCAUACUAUUGAAGUUAAGAAUGAGUUUUGUGAUUUAUAUUCUUUGAAGAUUAUUAUCAUUUUGAAUGAGAUUUUUAGUUUGGUGUUGACACCGUUUAUUUUAUGGUUUAAGGUGUCUGCAAGUAGUGGUGCUAUUAUUGAUUUUUUUAGAGAGUAUAGUAUUCAUGUUGAUGGGUUGGGAUAUGUUUGUUAUUUUGCUAUGUUUAAUUUUGAAGAGAAGGAUAAGAAUAUGAUGAGUGACUUGAAUAAACGUAAGAAGACAAAGAAACAACAGAAACGGAGAAAGAAGAAUAAACAAAGAAUCCAAGAUUCAACCAAUCUGGUAGAAUUGAAUAAACUUUCCAAGAGUGAUGAUAAUGGUAGUUCUAGUGAAGAAAGUGACGAUUCGGUGAAUUACUUAUCCUAUCAACAAGAUGAUAAGAUGAUUAAAUCAUACAUGUAUUUCUUGGAGAGUUAUGGUGGCACAAAGGCUCCACAACCACAACUGAGAAUGAAAUCAAAAUCGCGCACACCAAAUCAACCGCAGUCAUUAGCACGACCUGUUGUCCAUGCUGAGCCUUCUCCUAGCUUCUUGUAUGAGCAACAACAGUACCAGGAUCAAGAUCAGGAUCAGUUGGGUGAUUCGUUUAAUAAUUUUCACUAUGGAUUUGAGGAUAGUGGAUUGCUUAGGGAUGAUGUUGCAACUGGUAGUAGGAAAAAACCACCACAAAACCCUUACGAAUUAGUUAAAAUAUUCGUUCUGUAA